AUGGUGGCCUCGCUGGAAACAAAACACACCUGUGCAUUACUAGCAAGAAGAUCUAAACCAUUGCCCUGUGUCCCACCUUGCCCGACUGACUGGAUUAGAUCUCAAGGAAUGUGCUAUUACUUUUCAAAAGAAAAAAGGAACUGGACCUCUAGCCAGAACUUCUGCUUGUUCCAGAAGGCCACCUUGCUCACUUUUAAUCCCAGCCUGGAAAAGGAUUUUGUGAUGCUUCACAAAGGCAAAGCCCCUUUUUGGAUUGGUCUCAAAAGAGAACCAAAUCAGCCCUGGAAAUGGACAAAUGGAGAAAAUGCAACGCUGGAAGUAAUUGGAGAAGGACACUGUGCUUAUCUAAACAAUGAAGCUGCUGCCAUCUCAUUAAGAUGCCGCACAGAACUCUUUUGGAUCUGCCAGAAAACUGAAGCAAGCUGAAGGGGAAGAAAUAACAUGGACAUUA